UAGUGUUACCAUAAGUAAAUGUUCUCAGAAUUCAGAAACUGGAAAGUAGCCGUUGGAUUAAUUGGAAAAGAAAGGAAACGAAAAGGGAUACAAAUAGCAAAAUCUUUGGUAUAAGAUUUCACAAUCUUUUGUGUUCUUUCUUUAUAUUUGUUUUCUGAGAAAAUCUUGAGAUGAAUCCAAAAAGAUGUGCAGCUUGCAAAUAUCUGAGAAGAAGAUGUCCAAAAGAUUGCAUUUUCUCACCAUAUUUCCCCCCAAACGAUCCUGCAAAAUUUGCAUGCAUCCACAGAAUCUAUGGUGCUGGUAAUGUUUCCAAAAUGCUUCAGCAACUUCCUGAUCAGACAAGAGCAGAAGCAGUGGAAUCUUUGUGCUUUGAAGCAAAAUGCAGAGUAGAUGAUCCUGUUUAUGGUUGUGUUGGCAUUAUUCAUUUACUUCAAACUCAAAUUCAGCAAACUCAGAAUCAGUUGGCCAAAACUCAAGCUGAGAUUGCUGUUGCUCAAACCAAAUUUAGCCAAACCCAUAAUUCUGAUUUUAUGUAAUAUCUCUCUGUUUCAUCAACACUUUCUUAAUAGAAUAAUCGCGUUUUCUGUUUCUGAUUGCGUCUACUAAAAAGAUAAUUAUCCUCUUAGAAUUCCACUAACUUUGAUCAAGAGGCCAUUAGCUACACUAUAAACACAAAAUGUAAACAAGUUUGAAUCGAGUUUAUUAUUAUCAAAAAUCCAUAACUCAGCUACAAUUAUACAUUCUUGACCGAUAUUUUGAGAAUCAUAAUGUAAAAA